GAAUAAUUCGAGCACUACGAAUAUACGGGCAACUACUCUCAUCCUCCAUUAUUUAACUAUUUCGUUAUUGGGGUUACGUGGACUCUCGGCACGGGUAAUUGGAAUGCAACGUGACCUGAAUAUUGAACAUAAUGAACUGAAAAUAUAAGGAUGUCUAUGUCAGCUUCUGUAAGCGUUACAAGAGACCUAGGUAGUCAUUCGCUGUCGAUGUUUGAAUGACUUCCGGAGCCUAAGUACCUCGAAAAUUCUCAAGAUGCUCGCCCCUUUCUUCUUCGUUCUCAGUGCUGUGCCAUUGAGUUUGGGGCUCUCGUCAAUUAAAGCUCCUGCUUCAAAUGAGCAGAAAGAAGACGAAUGUACCACCAUAACUAAGCGUGUAUCAUGGUUCGUGUUCCUCCGCCUCUAGCCAAUAUUGAGAUGCUCAUGAUGGUUGAAGGAGAAACCUUACGUCAACCGAGAAGUCGGACUACCUCAAGGCGGACCUGUGUCUCAUGUCGUCCCCGCCGAAGGAUGGCAUAGAAGGAGCAAAGAACAGAUGGGACGAGUUGCAGUAUAUCCACAUCGUUCAAACCGACUACGUCCAUGGCGUCGUAAGUCGAAACCAAAUCCGCUUGUAUUCCACCAUCCUUCUUAACUCUCAUCAACUAGGGUGCAUUCUUGCCUUUCCACCGAUACUUCAUGAAGGUCCAUGAACAUGUCCUCAGGACCGAGUGUAGUUACACCGGACCUCUGCCGUACUGGGAUGAACCUGCCGACAUUGGGAACAUCAUUGGAUCUCCCCUUUUCGAUAUCGAAACAGGAUUCGGAGGCAACGGCACAGGAACUCGUGGCUGUGUUGCCGAUGGACCAUUUGCCAACCUUACCCUACGGUUCCAGGCCGACCUGACAAUAAGCGAGUAUUGCCUCUCGCGAUACCUCAACGAUCGUGCGCUCUCUAUGGCGACCAAAGAAAACGUUGACAAGUGUCUUGAGAGAGAAACUUAUGUAGAGGCGUGGAACUGCUUGGAAGGGCUCCCUCACGGAGCCGGACACGGAGCUGUAAUGGGAACUAUGAUCAACCCUUUUACAUCGCCUGGUGAUCCCAUCUUCUAUCUCCAUCAUGGUUAUCUUGAUAAGCUGUGGUGGGACUGGCAGUCGCUGAACUUGACGACGCGGUUGACUGAAAUAGGAGGCAACAACACGGGUCAUGGCUUUGGUCCCGGCUUCGGUGGGGCUCCAGGUGGAGGUCCCGGUGGCGGCUUUCCCGGCGGUAACGGUAGCUUUCCGUUCCCUGGAUUCCCGCCAUCUAAUGGGUCGGAUCCCUUCCCAUUUCCCGACGGGAAUAAGGAGGUCAACCCAGCGUUCACGGACUACUUCAACGAUGGCGGAAAUGUGACGACGUUGAACCAUACUCUGUGGUCGGCAGGUGUCAUGGACAACGUUACGAUUGCGGAUGUCAUGGACCCAAGUGGUAAAUUCAUGUGCACCGAAUAUCUAUGAAGUGUGUAACCAUUCGGGCCAAAGGUGGUUGUAUGUAUUUCUAAGUGUUGCACCUAAAGUGCGCACACUGCUAAGUUUACCUAAGCUGGGCAGGGCCCCACGUAUUCUUGAUGACUCAUCUACUAGCCCAUGGAUUUACCGUCUUUAAUCAAUUUCUGUGUGAGAGAUGACGUAAUCAAGGAG